UGAAGGGACUGCCUUUAUUGGAGAGCCCCCAGAAUACAGAGAACUCGCACAAAGUUAAAGCCAGCUAGAGCCUGAGAAUUUGAAUCUGCUGGUACUUCAAUAUACCUCACAUCUUUAAAGAGUUCUCAAGAAAGAAACCCAGAUUCCAGUUAUGGACAUUGGCAUUGUAAAAGAGAGGAUACUUACAACAUAGGAAUAUAGAAGCCGUUUUGAAAGAGGGUCUGAGGGAAUACAAAGUUUUUAUUAGCCUUAGUCUCCAUACUUAGCAGAGACUCGCAAAUUGCAGAGAUUUAAGUGUUUGAACAGAGCACAUAUUCAGAAAAAUAAGGCAAUGGGAAAUACAAGCAGUUCUACGGUAGAUGACCUACAGGCAGUGGAGAUCCAUCAUUGGUACAAGAAGUUCAUGACAGAAUGUCCUUCCGGACAGCUCACUUUACAUGAGUUCAAGCAGUUUUUUGGAUUGCGGGGACUAAGCGGAGAAGCCAAUAGUUACAUAGAACAAAUGUUCCGCACUUUCGACAUGAACAAGGAUGGAUAUAUCGAUUUCAUGGAAUAUGUGGCUGCUCUGAGCCUGGUACUUAGAGGAAAGAUUGAGCAGAAACUUCGCUGGUAUUUCAAACUCUAUGAUGUGGAUGGAAAUGGCUGCAUAGACCGCCAUGAGUUACUCAAUAUUAUUAAGGCAGUGAGAGCAAUUAAUGGGUGUGAUCAUGAUACAACCGCUGAAGAAUUUACCAAUCGUGUGUUUGACAAGAUUGAUGUCAAUGGUGAUGGGGAGCUGUCUUUAGAAGAGUUUGUCGAGGGUGCUCGGAAGGAUGAAGAAUUUAUGGAUGUCAUGAUGAAAAGUCUGGAUCUGACCCACAUAAUGACAAUGAUUAACAACCGAAGACAUAGCGUGUGACAAGAUAUGUAUUUAGCAUUAUAUGGAGGAAGGAAGAAUGACAAGCAUACAGAAGGGUGCAGAGAGCACAUGAUAAAGCUUGUGACACUGGUGGAGACAGUAUAUUAAAGAGAAAAGGUGUAACAUAAUUUAAGGGUAAGGAAUCAAAAUGGAGAAAUGGGAAUUUCAGUAUGUAUGAAGGGGAGGAAGGUACAGCAUUUUAAGUAGUAGAAUCUACAAAUUUGCUGAGCAUUUAGGAGGCAUAAUUUAAACAGCUAACCUUCCAAAACGAAUUUGGCUUCUGUAUAUAUAUAGGAUAAUAUUCAAUAAUAAUAUGAAAAGCAAGCUUUCCUGAGACUCAUGCAGAUCUCAACUACAAGUAUACUUCGAGAAGAUUGCAUAUGUCAUAAUUACUUUAGUCUAGCGAUAUGUUGGCAGCAAUACCUUAACAGUUGAAGGCUUACGACUAAAUCAAUAAAAAUGAGGAAUAUUCUAUCAAUAUUAGGCAGAUUACCAGCAAAGAGAUAACAUUAGCAUAUUUUGUCUGGCCUCGGGAUGAGUAAUCCUAACCAGGACUAUAAAAUCGUUCUGUAGAAUUAACUAAAAAGUCAGCAAGGGGUUAGUAGCUAGGUACAAAUGUAUUUAUUUCAUUAUCGAAGGCAAAAAGUAAGAUUAGGCAUGGGGAUGGCAAAACAAUAUGGUAAAUGUAAUGGCAAUGUAUUAAAGAUCCAAGUAUUAAUAUGAAAAUUCGACCCUAUGUAAAUGUAUUACAUGCACUUUUUGUGCCUGGGCCCCCAUCUUGUUUUUUAGACAUUUUGGCUUGAACAUUAAAGCACUUGGUAGAACAAGCUUUACCUUCCAUCUUACUAGUUUACUGAUCCAAACACAAGCCCCACACAAUAUAAAAGCAUUGCAGAAAAAAAAGAUAUCAAAAGGUGUGUGAAAAGGCAAGUGGUUGUAAAGUUGAUGCCAGUAAUCAAAGCGGCCAGUAAGUGAUGCCAGUGUGAAUUUCAGGGUAGAGUGGAAAUUGGUAAAUAAACAAGAGACAAAGGCAGAUGUUAGCCCUUUUGGGGUUAGAUUUUUGGUCAUGCUCCUGUUAUGACCUGAUAGCUGAAGUAACAUUAAAACGAUGUCCCGCUCGUCGACCUGAGCCCAGAAUAUAAACCCAGGAAUCUUCUAGAAAAUAGAACAAAGACAUUUCAGAAACUAGUGAUUUUUUGAAUAUCUGUGCAGUGCAUCUGUACAUGCAAUAUUUAUGGAGAUCCUAAUUGUUGGAGUGUUGAACAGAUUGUGUCUUAUGGGAUUUGAAUGAUAGCACAAAGAACUAUAGAAAGUAUAGUCAUAUGUCAAGUAACGUGAGAGGAGAAAGAUGAACUGUAUCAGCUAUGUCUCAUAGAUUGUGGACCUGCCAAAGAUACUGUGUCUGACAUUCAAUGGGGCUCAAUAACCAGCAAUCAACAAUUUUGCAUCAAUACAGUAAGCAAGAGCAACCAAUUGGCAAAUAGCUUUGAAAAGUAUACUGUGAAUUACAGAAGGCAAAUAGGAUGCUCAUUUAUGAACAUUGAGCAAUUUUGCACCAGCACAGAGCUCAUAAAUGAGCAUUAGUGAGUAUAUAGACAAUCCAAACAAUGUUGAGCUGGCUUCUUUGGAGGUCACAAUGUAGUGGAUGCGGUGCAGUUUGAAAGUCAAUUUUCAGUUUAAAAACACCUGGUAUAGGGUGUAAAGCACUUUCUAAAAAGUGGGUUGUAACAAACUGUCGGUAACAGAAGGUUUGGGGUAUAGUAGACCGUGCCUCAAAAAAAGUGUGCAUAUGAUAAGCAGUGUCUGACAAUGGAUGCUGUAGUGCAGUACAAUCAGCCUGUGGCAGAGAGUGGUUUAUGUAGGCAUAUAGGGGCACAUUUACUUACAUGUGAAUGUUCUCUUCGUAAAUUUCUGACAGACUUUGCACAACUACGUCAGACGUUUUUUGUGACGAAUAUGUGUAUUUACCAAAUGGGCAUUUAUAUCUCGGCAAGAGAACACUGACGUAGUUUUGUCAGCAAUGAUUCAUUGGCGCAAAAAUUUCAUAAAAAGUUUUCUCUAGCAUUGCCAUUGUCCUAGCAAAAGGUCGUUAAGGCUUACAUCAAUUUAACUUGAGUGGGUAUAUAAAGGUCAUAUGUAUGUAUUUAUUAGUGAUGUUGGUGAAGUUGCUGGAAGUGGCCACUUUUUAUUAAAAAAUGUCCAAGAAAGCAAAAUGAAGACAGAGAUCCUCUAUUGUCCUAGAUAUGAGCCUACCCUAAAACACAUAUUGAAUGAGCUUCAAAUGUUAAAAAAGUGUAAAUAAUAUAUUUUACACAGUUACAGCUUGUAAACAUAAUCCCGCUUUAAAUAUGAAUAAACACCAGCGUUUUGACUGUUGCCUACGACCUUUUUGGAACAUAGGAUAUGAUGUCACCGACAUAAUAAUAUUGAGGAUGGAACUUCAUUGUUUUAAUUCCCCAGUCAGAACCCGGCAAAAUAGAUUUUGGUGAAAAAGGUAACAAAUUGAAUUUUUCACACUUUAAUACUUACCAUAAAUUAGCGAAUUUACGCUCGCCUAAGUAAAAAUUCUCCUGGCGAAACCCAGUGAACCUUCUCCAGCGACAAAGUAAUUCAUUGUGUUGCUUAUCUUUUAGUAAAUAGGCAAUGUUAUUGCGCAUUGUCUUUUUAGUAAACAUUUGGCAGAAAAACACAAUCGACUCUUUAGUAAAUGUGCCCCAUGGAUGGGAGAUGAUCUAAAAAAAUAUGGUGGUUUACUAGAAGUGUUUCUAAUGACGAAUAGAUGUGUUUGGGUCAUUGAUCUCUAAGCAGGGGGAUUAUAGAGGUUGUGAGGUGGGACACAAGCUGCUAAAAUUUAAAGAGUUCAAUUGCUGAAUUGGGAAAAAGGGCAAAGUACAAAACACAUUCACACGCAAUAUUGCCCACAGUAUUGCAAUUUUUUGCUGUUAGUGCUGUCAGGUGCAACACUUUGCACCUUUUGUAUGGUAUGAAAAGAGUUGACUUGAGGAACCUGCACUAACCUUAUAAGGGUGUGCACAUAUCCACUGGUGCUGUAUGUAUAGUGCUGUGAGGGGUGCAAUUUGCAACUACCCCUAAGCAAAUGAGCCCCUAUGGUUAAGGAUAAUCAGUGUUCAUAAUCAUUUAUAAGAAUGUGUAGAAAGGAGAGUGUCUGAAAAAGAGUGGAUGUGACAAAUGUAGUAUAAAACUAUGUUAACACGAGACACAUGCUGACUGUAAGGAAGAUGGCAGUACAUAAGGACAGAGGCUACAUGUUAAAUGUGAUGUUAAAUGUAUUCUUCCUCCAGAUAUACUGUCAAAGCAAUGUGGAAUAAAUAUGAGUUUAUUGUUCACCAUCCCGAAUACCAUAGUUUAGAAGAUCAAUGAUCUGUGAGUACCUCCAAACCUUGAUCAACUGUUAUUACUUUUAACAAACUCUGUUAUGUAAAUAUAAUUUUAAAGCUACAUUAACUGAGAAUGUAGAACAUUAUAUGACAUAAAGAUGCACAGGGAUUGCUGUGGGCAUUUUUCACUGUACUCUAUUGAAUGUAAACAAUAUUACUAUAUAGAAUUGUGUUUUUAUUGUACUACUGCUAUGAACUGUGAUGCUGUUGACAAAUCAAUGUGCUUUCCAAAUUAAGCAGGAUUGUGCCUUUUGUGAGCUGUAAAUAAAGAGCUGCUUUCUAUAAACUAAAAAUAAAA